AUGGAUAAUAGUGAUUAUAGCACUCAAGAUGAUACAAGUGAUAGUGAUUAUGGUGAAGAGGAAAAUGAAAAUGAAAAUGAUGUUUUUAUUCUAGCAGCUGCAGCAGUAGAAUUUGUUGAGAACUAUUAUAUGCCAUAUAUUGCAAAGGAAUCUUGUAGGACCUCUUCUCAAACAGGUUAUAAAUGGGUUAUGGAAAUUGUACAAGGUAAUCCUGAUAGGUGCAAACAAAAUUUCAGAAUGGAAAUACACGUAUUCCUUUACUUGUGUAAAGAGUUGAAGGAAAAAUAUCAUUUAAGAGAUACUAGGAAAUUAACUGUUGAAGAGUUGGUAGCUAUGUUUUUGAUUACUUUAGGCCAUGGGUUUGGAAAUAGGAUAGUGCAAGAAAGGUUUCAACAUUCAGGAGAAACAGUUAGUAGACAUUUUUCUCAUGUUUUAAUGGCUGUUUCAAGAAUGGCGGUUGACAUUAUUAAUCCUAUUGAUAGGGAGUUUAUGGAUGUUCCAAGAAAAAUUCGUGAUGAUGAGCGGUAUUGGCCAUACUUCAAAGAUUGUAUUGGAGCCAUUGAUGGAACUCAUGUGCCAGUUAAAAUUUCUCCAUCAAACCAAAUACCAUAUAUUGGUCGAAAAGGGACUCCUACUCAGAAUGUUAUGGCUGUUUGUGAUUUUCGUAUAUGUUUCACCUUUGUUUGGGCUGGAUGGGAAGGUACUGCACAUGAUACACGCAUUUUUUUGGAAGCUAUUCGAAAGGAAGAAUUGCGAUUUCCACACCCACCUAGAGGAAAGUAUUACUUGGUAGACGCAGGAUAUCCUCAUAUGAAGGGAUACAUGGGACCAUACAAAGGAGAGCGAUAUCAUCUACCAGACUUUCGUCGUGGAAGCCAACCGAGGGUGAAAAUCGUGGUGACGUCUAUGGCUCUUCAUAACUUCAUUAGGAAGCAUGCAAUAAAGGAUGCUGAGUUCCAACCAUAUGAUGAUGAUGAUGAUGAUGAUUUACUACCUACUGACAGUAUAGGCGAUGGCGAAGCACAAGAUGAGUCAAGCAUACAACAAUCAAAUACAUCAUAUGAAAAUUCUAUGAACAUUGAGCGUGAUCAUAUUGCUAAUCUACUUAUAACUCGUUAA